AAAUUGCACUUUGGUUCGAUUCGCUUUACUCCUUGCGGCGAACGGGGGGGCUCUUUUUGGUUUCGCAGAGCCCCCUAUGUUGGAUACCCAAAGUUGUUGCACGGCCACUUGGCGAUAGUUUUGAAAGAAACUUUCUGGGGCUGAGCUGUGCAGGUUGUGUCAAACAGGAGCUAUGGCUUCUGGAACAGCUCUGGUGUAUGAUGAAGAAAUGACCAGCCAUAAACUACUUUGGAAUGACCCGGUCUGCCAGAUCGAAGUGCCCGAGAGGCUCUUUUCCUGCUAUGAGCGACUUCAGGACUACAAUUUGAUUGAGAGAUGCACAUCUGUACCUGUCAGAAAGGGAACAGAAGAUGAAAUCCUGCUGGUUCACAGUUCCGAUUUCUUGGAUGUUGUGAAGAGCACUGAAAAAAUGAUGGAAGAAGAUCUCCAAAAAACCUCUGCUGAAUAUGAUGCUGUUUACUUUCAUCCAACUACAUAUCGUUGUGCCAAGUUAGCUGUGGGAGCAACAUUGGAAUUGGUGGAUGCCGUCAUGUCAGGAAGAACACGUAACGGGAUGGCUCUAAUAAGGCCUCCAGGUCACCACAGCCAGAGAAGUGCAGCCAAUGGAUUUUGCAUAUUCAACAAUGUUGCUAUUGCGGCAAAAUAUGCCCAAAGAAAAUAUGGUUUGCAAAGAAUUCUCAUUGUUGACUGGGAUGUGCAUCAUGGCCAAGGAAUUCAAUAUAUAUUCAGCGAAGAUCCAAGUGUUCUCUAUUUUUCCUGGCAUCGAUUUGAACAUCAGCAAUUCUGGCCUUCACUCAGAGAAUCUGAUUAUGACGCGGUUGGUCAGGGGACAGGGAGAGGAUUCAACAUCAAUGUACCUUGGAAUAAGACUGGCAUGGGAAAUUCUGAUUAUGUUGCUGUGUUUCUCCAUGUGUUGCUUCCAUUGGCUUUUGAGUUUGAUCCAGAACUUGUUUUGGUUUCUGCUGGUUAUGACUCUGGAAUUGGAGAUCCAGAAGGCCAGAUGUGUGCGACUCCGGAAUGUUUUGCCCAUCUUACACAUUUCCUAAUGCAUUUAGCUAAAGGAAAGUUGUGUAUAGUUCUAGAGGGUGGAUAUCAUUGGAGAUCACUAUCUGAAUCAGUUUGCAUGACUUUAAAAACUUUGCUGGGUGACCCUUUACCCUGCUUGUCUGGAGAAAAGGCACCAUGUUUAAGCACUCUAGAAUCUAUCCACAAUGUGAGAGCUGUUCACAAACUGUACUGGAAGUGCUUGAUGUAUGAAGAUAUAACUCCAUUGCAAGAGCUCAGUACCAAACCCUACCAGACGGGAAAGGCAGAAUCUACUGGUGCCCAGCCCCUUACUCCACAAGAGUGUGGAACGAUGGGCAGUGAUGAAAUCAUCAAAACAGACAAGUUCUUAGAGCUGCAUAUGAAAAAUAUAGUGUUUCCAAGACCUUCCACUAAAGCGGCAGUAGCUCUGGAUGAAAGUAAUGCACUCCUGCUUCCACCAUCUCUUCAGAUUGAAAAGGCAGCAGAUACAAAAGAGUUCAGAAAUGUGAUUAGUGACUUUGAUGCCAAGCUUGUGGAAGAUGAAAAGGUCUUAACCUCACUUAGGAAUAUGUUGACUAUUCUUGACAAAAUAAUUAGAAAAGAGUUAUUCAGUGGUCUUGCACUGUCAUCUGCAGCUUCGCUUUCCACUGCCAUUGCUAUAAAAUACUGCAGUAACGUGAAGGUACAAAAGGUCCUCUGCAUAUUUGUUGGUGACAUGGAUAUGAAAAUGGACGUGAAUGAUGGCAAAGUCCUUUUGAUCAAUGUAUCUUCCAAGCACUCUGAACAGUUAAACACCAAAUACAAUAUAUUUCUACAGUGGAAAGAGGAUACUGAAACAACCACCUUCUUCUCUGCUGUAACUGGAUUUAUUCUUCCAGUAGCAUAUAGUUUUCAACCUGACCUCAUCAUUAUAGUUAUUGGACAAAACCAAAGCCUUGGAAAAAAUGGAAUUUCCUUACUUACUAGCUUACUGCAAGGGUUAGCCCACUCUCAAAUUCUUACUCUGAUUCAGGAUACAGAAGUAAACCUGUUACAAGAUAUAGUCAAACCUUUGACAGGUGAUUUUAUACCUUACUUUGGACCCUAUGCACCAGCCUUAAAAGAGAACGAAGAAAUAAUAAAAAACUUAAGAGAGCAACUUCAACAGGAAUGGAAAAUGCUCCAGUGUUCAGCAAAGGUCUCUGUUGCUGAAAGAUAACAUUUACUCAACUGUGAUGCCAUUCUCUCCUUUGCUGAAUGAAAAGAAAAAGUGUACAGAAAAACAACAAAUGAAAAAAGUGAAGUAUGAGCUACAAAAUUUAGUCAUAACUUUAUUAUUUCUGCAAAUGAGCAUACUGUUAAUCUGUAUAAAUAUAUAUUUUGUACUUUUCUCUGUGUUACUACUCACAAAUACACAAGCAUAUAUAUGUAAACAUAUAUUUGAUCAUGCUGGCUUUGUAAAUUUGGUGGUGUCUUGUCUCAAAUGUAAUUGUCUUUGAACACAAGGGGACCUGCCCACUGAGACCUCCCAACAGAGUGUGUUGAUAAGGUAACAAUUUAAGUGGGCCAGUUCUAGUUGCCAACAGAGAUAAUACCAAAAACUGCCUCCUUUCUGCUGUUGUCCUCUGGCAGACAUUUUGGCCAUUUUAGGAUUCUCUGAAAAUAUCAAUGGCUUGUGUGUAUAUGAUGUUGGUUUUCUUUAAAAGUGAAAGUGGUGACUGGAUUCUACUCAUUUACUACUCAUUUACUUGGUUUCAUCAGUUACUCUCCGUGAAAGUGAAAUGGGCUCACAUAGGGCUCAGUCAGAUAGGC